CUCAGAAACUUCACAAUGCGUCUGGAAGAACUCAAAAGGCUCCAGAACACCCUGGAACAGGUCAACGAUGGCAAAUACUUGCUUCAAAGCCAUCAGCUUGCCAUGGAUGAAGAAAAUAAUAUUGAAAAGUAUCACAUCAACUUACAGCCCUUGGAAUCAAAAGUGAAAAUCAUCCAGCGAGCAUGGCGUGAAUACCUGCAGCGCCAGGACCUGCACCACCAGCAGCUGGACAAGCGCAGCCCCUCGCCGCCCUCCCUGUCCUCGGACAAGAUGAGCAGGUCCAUCAGCAUGAACACCUUUUCCGACAGCAGCACACCGGACCCCCGCGAGGAUGGCAUGGAUUUAGGGAGCGACGCCGGCAGCAGCCGCUCCAGCUCCGAGUCCAUCAGGCAGAAGUUGGCGCUCGGCAGCUUCUUCGACGAUGGCCCGGGACUGUACACCAGCUGCAGCAAGAGCGGCAAGCCCAGCCUCUCCUCCCGGCUCCAAAGCGGGAUGAACCUGCAGAUCUGCUUCGUGAACGACAGCGGCAGCGACAAGGACAGCGACGCCGAUGACAGCAAGACAGAGACCAGCCUGGACACGCCUUUGUCACCCAUGAGCAAGCAGAGCUCUUCCUACUCCGACAGAGACACGACUGAGGAGGAGUCCGAGUCCCUCGAUGAUAUGGAUUUUCUCACCAGGCAAAAGAAACUCCAAGCCGAAGCCAAAAUGGCCUUGGCUAUGGCAAAGCCCAUGGCCAAAAUGCAGGUGGAGGUGGAAAAGCAGAACAGGAAGAAAUCUCCGGUAGCCGAUCUUCUGCCACAUAUGCCUCAUAUAAGCGAAUGCCUGAUGAAGAGAAGCUUAAAACCCACUGAUUUGAGAGACAUGACUAUCGGGCAGCUACAAGUGAUAGUCAAUGAUCUCCACUCGCAGAUAGAAAGCUUGAACGAGGAGCUGGUGCAGCUGCUGCUCAUCCGGGACGAGCUGCACACGGAGCAGGACGCGAUGCUGGUCGACAUCGAGGACCUGACCAGACAUGCCGAGAGCCAGCAGAAGCACAUGGCAGAGAAGAUGCCGGCAAAGUAAGCCGAGACGCCGUCAGAGCAGAGAUGGAGCUCGCCUGUCCUUCGCUUCUGUGUCUGUACAAAUGCUGAUGUCCACGGUGGCGCACCAGAAAAUCAGUGUUAGUCAUUGGUCGUGUCCGAAGCUUUAUGUCCGGUGAUUGGCCUCUGCUUCUUAAUUUAUUUUAAUUUUUUUACUCGUGCCACUAAAUAUCAGGCAUUUUAAUAAUAUUAUUACAGAAAAUGUACAGUACUUAUAACAUUAUAAAUCAUGGAUGAGAAGAGAGGGUAGUUUAACUUUAUUUUUGUUUGCUUAGAGAUUUUAAGUUGAACAAUAUUUUACCAUUGACUACUUUUUUAUCCUUCACUGUAGUUUUAAAUAAAGAGACUGUACUUGACGGUGCUAUACAAGUCAAAAAAUACAUGCCUGCCUCGUAGUGAAGUUGUAGCUUUCAGUAAUAUGUACAUUUUAAUCAGUUUUCAACAUUUUGUGAAUGUUGACUACCUGACAUUCAUUUUUAGAUGUGCUAUUAACAUUCAGUUGGAUUCAAAGAGUUACCUUGGAAGUUUUAUGUAUAAAGAUGUAAAAUAAAAAUUUAAAAAAUUGUUUCA